AUGGGUUGCUUCCAAUCCAAGCAUUCUUCUCCGGCUGGUGCUCCUCGCCCUAUCCGCCGCCGUUCAGACAACUCCGUCCACCGAAGUCAUCCCCAAAACCACCACAACAACCGCCAUGUUCUUCCCGCUCCGCCUUCUCACCGCCGUGUCAUCAACUCAUCUCCGAAAAAACAUCGAAAUAAUGACGAUGAUGCUCCACGAUCGAGGACGACCGGAGUUAGCUUGAGAUCAGGCUUGUCUCACGGCAAUGUAGAGGCUGAGCAGGUGGCGGCUGGUUGGCCCUCCUGGCUCAGCUCCGCUGCACCGGAGGCCGUUCAUGGGUGGGUCCCAUUACGCGCCGAGGACUUCGAGAAAAGAGAGAAGAUCGGGCAAGGGACGUAUAGCAACGUGUUCCGGGCUUGUCAGGUAUCGACGGGACGAGUUAUGGCUUUAAAGAAAAUUCGUGUCCAAAAUUUUGAAACUGAAAACAUAAGAUUCAUAGCGAGAGAAAUUAUGAUUUUGAGAAGAUUAGAUCAUCCAAACAUCAUGAAACUCGAAGGGAUCAUCGCGUCACGGAAUUCAAACAGCAUGUACUUUGUGUUCAAUUACAUGGAACACGAUCUCGAAGGCUUAUGUUCAUCUCCUGACAUCAAAUUCACCGAGGCACAGAUCAAAUGCUACAUGAAGCAGCUUCUUUGGGGAGUAGAACAUUGUCAUCUACGAGGGAUUAUGCACAGAGACAUUAAAGCCGCAAACAUUUUGGUAAACAACAAAGGGAUUUUAAAGCUAGCUGAUUUCGGAUUAGCCAACGUUGUAACACCAAGAAACAAGAAUCAGUUAACGAGCCGAGUUGUGACGCUAUGGUAUCGUGCACCGGAACUUCUAAUGGGAUCGACGAGUUAUAGUGUAUCAGUCGAUCUUUGGAGCGUUGGAUGUGUUUUCGCCGAGAUUCUUACCGGAAGACCUCUGCUAAAAGGAAGAACAGAGAUUGAACAACUUCACAAGAUCUAUAAACUCUCUGGAUCACCAGAUGAAGAGUUUUGGGAAAAGAACAAGCUUCAUCCUCAAACCAAGAUGUUUAGACCACAACAUCAAUAUGAAGGUUGUCUGAGAGAAAGAUUUGAGGAGUUUCCGAAAACCGCAAUUAAUCUUCUGGAGAACUUAUUGUCUAUUGAUCCAGAGAAACGAGGCACUGCUUCUUCGGCUCUUAUGUCAGAGUACUUUAACACAAAACCUUACGCUUGUGAUCCAUCAACGUUACCUAAGUACCCUCCUAACAAAGAAAUGGAUGCUAAGUACCGCGAAGAACUUCAACGAAGGAGACGAGUUAAUAUUAAGAAAAGAGAUAACUUGGCACCUAAGAAAUCUGGGAAAUCACGUAGAACAAUCAAAGAGCCUACAAAUCUCAACAAAAUGCCAACCCAACAGGAGACGAAGAAGGAAACCGAGACAGAAAUCAUUCUUCAGACACCAUCAGAGACAUCUCAAGUUACCACUCGAAGCGAGUUUCCGUACAACAGUUUAUCUCACACCACGGCUCCGGCAAGCGGGUUCGCAUGGGCUGGGACGAAGAAGAGGAAAGAAAACGACGUAGCUUCGACGCUAACUUAUAAUCAGCCUCCAGGAUCUGCGAGCCACAUUAGUGGAAUGAGCAUGGCUUUUGCUAAGAACACUUUCGGGUUAACGAUAAACGAAGACAAACCAAGCUUUCUUAGGCCACAAGUUUCUCUAGACUCAUCAGAUGUGUUGUUGUUCUCUGGCGUGCAUCACAAGAAAUCAGAAGAAGAUACGAUGAAUCAUUUGGAUUUGGAUUUGACGAAUGUUGGGGCAAAUCCGAAGAUUUUCCAAACUAAUGGGAUGAAUGAGAUAUUACGGAGGACAGAAAGUGAUGUUAGAGUUGGUGUUCGAAAACCGCCACGGAUAGAAAGAGGUUAA